AUGGCCCCUCCAAAGGUCUUUUCUCUCGAAGGCAAAGGCCUCAAGCUCGACACUGCCGAGGAUGUCGAGGCCCAUAUCAAGCCCUUGCUGGAGAGCACCGACUACACUGAGAUUCGUCUCGGCGGCAACACUUUCGGCGUCACGGCCUGUGAGCGCUUUGCUGCUGCCUUCUCUACGCAGAAGACCCUCGAAGUGGCCGAGUUGGCCGACAUCUUCACCUCGCGUCUGAUCGAAGAGAUCCCCGAUGCUCUGACCCAUCUGCUGAACGCCCUUCUCGCGAUUCCCUCCCUCCACACCGUCAACCUUUCCGACAAUGCAUUCGGCAAGCGCACCUCGAAGCCUCUCGUCGACUUCCUCUCCCGUCACGUUCCGCUGCGCCACCUGAUCCUCAACAACAACGGUAUGGGUCCCGACGCGGGUGCCGAGAUUGCCGAUGCCCUGAAGGAGCUGGCCCAGCGCAAGGAGGAGGCCCGCAAGGCCGGCAAGGAGGUCGCCCCUCUGGAGAGCAUCGUCUGUGGUCGGAAUCGUCUGGAGAACGGCAGUAUGGCCGCCUGGGCUCGUGCCUACGAGGUGCAUGCCGCCGGAAUGCGCUCCGUGAAGAUGACCCAGAAUGGUAUCCGCCAGGAGGGUAUCUCUCUGCUCAUUCGUGAGGGUCUCCGCCACGCCAGCGGCCUGGAGGUUCUCGACCUGCAGGACAACACCUUCACUAUCAUGGGAUCCACCGCGCUCGCCGAGGUGCUCCCGGGAUGGCCCGCUCUGCGCGAACUCGGUGUCGGUGACUGCCUGCUCUCUCCUCGCGGCGGUGUCAAGGUUGCUCAGGCUCUGGCGGCCGCUAAGAACGAGAAGCUGGAGAUCCUGCGUCUGCAGUACAACGACAUCACCGCCGAAGGUGUCAAGCAGUUCCUGCAUGCGACCAAGACCGCUCUGCCGUCGCUGCGCCGCAUCGAGUUGAACGGCAACAAGUUCAUGGAGGAGGAUGACAAUAUUACCGAGCUGCGUGAGAUCCUAGAGAGCCGACAGGAGGAGCACGGCAAGGAUGAUGACCCUGAGGACAUGUGGGGCGUCGACGAGCUGGAUGAGCUUGAGGAGGAGAGUGACGAGGAGGAGGAAGAGGAGGAAGAGGAAGAGGAGGAGCACAAGGCCGAGAAGGUUGUCGAGGACGCCACUCGAGCCGAGAACGAGAAGGUCGCCCAGAAGCAAGACAAAGAGGUGGACGAGCUUGCCGCCGCUCUUGGAAAGACUGGCCUGUAA